AUGGUUAAAGAUUUCUUAGCAGAGGGAAGUCAAGCAGGUCAAACUUUGCUUAGACUUGUCAGUCGUGGUAAUGCCAUCAUAGCAGAGUUGUUGCGUUUGAGUGCUCACAUCCCAUCGGUAUUCAAACUCGACGAUAGAAAUGAAGCAAGAAAGUAUCAAGACAUUCUCAUGGACUUUAAAUAUCUCUCCAAUCCAGAUUACUUUGAAGCAAAGAUUGAAGAUAAUAGAGAAUUAGUUGAUUUAGAAGCAGAAUUUAGAGAGAAUCAUAUUGAUAUAUUGGUUAGAUUCUAUCAUUUAUUCGAAAGUGUCUACAAGUACAUUAAAGAUUUAGAGAAAUAUCUUAUCGAUGUUGAAAAAGGUUUCUAUAUUCAUCUUACUGUUGAAGGAAUUUUAAUGAAUGGAGAUGGAAAACAAUUAGUAUCCGAAGCUAUUUAUUUAUAUGGUGUCAUGUUGAUAUUGAUGGAUAAUCUUAUUGAAGGACCUGUUCGUGAACGUAUGCUUAUUUCAUAUAUGCGUAACAAGGGUCCAGUUGAUUUACCAUUCAUCGAUGAUGUAUGCAAACUUUUCAAGAGCACUGGGUAUCUCCCCACCAACCCAAAGAGACCAGCCAACUAUCCAGAAGAGUACUUUGCUCGUAUUCCCAUCCCACAAACCGUUUUAUCAAUGGUUGUCGGUCGUUUAACAUCCGAUGAUAUCUACAAUGGUACACAAUCAUUCCCAUUGCCAGAUCAUCGUAGUGUUGCUCUAUCAACCCAAGCUUGUAUGCUCUAUGUUAUUCUUUAUUUUACUCCUGAUGUUUUACAAAACAAAAUGUCAACAAUGAGAGAAAUUGUAGAUAAAUAUUUCCCAGACAAUUGGGUGAUUGCAUACUUUUUAGGGUUUACAGUUGAUUUAUCGGUUGUAUGGGAACCAUACAGAGCAGCCAAGACUGCUUUGGCCAACACGACCACUCCCCAAAACAUUACCUAUCAACAACAAAAGUUUUGGAAGGAUGUUGAUAUUUUAAAUAGACAAGUUCAAUCACUUCUUGUCGAGGGUUUAUUGGUUGAAGAAUAUAUUAUGGAUAACAUUUCAAAGAUUAUUGGUACAAUUCGUUCUUGUAAUGUUACAAUUAGAUGGUUAAUGUUACAUACUAAUGCAAGUACAAAGAAAUUAAGAGAUUUAGUAUCAAAUGGAUCACAAGAUGAAGUUUUACAAUUAUUAUUAAAUACAGCACAAUUGGAAUUUGUUUUCAAGAAUAUAUUCCAGUCGUUGCUCGACACUAAACAAACUAGAUGGGAAGAGAAUAAGAAAUUGGCAAGCGAGAGUAUGAACGAAUUGGCAGAGUAUUUCUCUGGUGAAAAGGCAUUGACCCGUGUCAAAAAGAAUGAAAAUCUACAGAAAUGGUUUGGUGAAAUCUCGGCCAAAGUCAACUCUCUCGACUAUGAAGACAACACUAGUACUGGUAGAAAGAUUCAACAACUCAGUCUUGCACUCGAAGAGGUUGAACAAUUCCAAGAAAUCGAUUCAUCCAUCCAAGUACGUCAGUUCCUCGUCGAAACCCGUUCCUUUUUGACAAAGAUGAUCAAGAUUGUCAACAUCAAGGAAGAAGUGUUGGUCAACCUCUCGGUUUGUGCCGAUAUUUCAUAUGCAUGGGACAUUAUCAACAACUAUGUCGAGCAGAUGCAAAGAGGUAUCAAGUCGGAUCCAAAGUGUGUGCUCAAGCUCCGUGCCACUUUCCUAAAGUUGGUAUCGAUUCUCGAUCUUCCACUUGUUCGUAUCUCCCAAUGUGCCUCACCAGAUCUUCUAUCCGUCUCAGAAUACUACUCAAGUGAAUUGGUUGGUUAUGUAAGAAAGGUAUUGGAAAUUGUUCCAAAAUCAAUGUUUAUCAUCUUGAAACAAAUCAUUGAUAUGCAAACAAAUUCAAUUCAAGAAUUACCAACUAAAGUUGAAAAAGAAAGAUUAAGAGAUUUUGCACAAUUAGAUCAAAGAUAUGAAUUAGCAAAAGCAACCAAUUCAGUUUCAGUAUUUACAGAAGGUAUUUUAGCAAUGGAAACCACUUUGGUAGGUGUGAUUGAAGUUGAUCCCAAACAAUUGUUGGAAGAUGGUAUUCGUAAAGAGUUGGUAUUACAAAUUUCAAUGGCAAUGGACAAGACAUUGGUAUUUAGAAAUCAAAAGAAUUCAAACGAUGAGUUACAAUUGAGACUCAAGGAAUUGGCCAACAUUUUAGAUGGUUUCCGUAGAUCCUUCCAAUACAUUCAAGACUAUGUCAACAUUCCAGGUCUUCGUAUUUGGCAAGAGGAAUUCUCACGUAUCGUAAACUACUAUGUCGAACAGGAAUGUAAUCAAUUCCUCAAGAAAAAGGUAUAUGACUGGCAAUCCAACUAUCAAUCUGUUGCCAUUCCAAUCCCACGUUUCCCAACCGUCGAUGCAGCAUCAGUCACCAUGAUUGGUAGAUUGGCUCGUGAACUUUUAAAUCAAACCUCUUGUCGUACCACUUUGUACCUCAACCAAAUCGGUUGGUUCGAACCUCAAACCAGCAAGGAGUUGGUUGGUAUCAACACUUGGUCACUCUUGCAACAAUCGGUUGGUAUCUUUGGUUUGACCGGUCUCGACAAACUCUAUUGUUUCAUGAUGGUCAAGGAUCUCCAAGUAUUUGUCAAUCAAAUCCGUCAAUUGGUUGAAAAGAGUCUUAAAGGAUUCAUUGCUGAAUUUGAAGAAUCUCUUCGUCCAACUACCUCUAUACCUGAUAAUAUUCAACGUUAUCAAACUGCUCUUGAUAAAACAAAGGGAUUAUGUCCAAUUUUCAUUGAUGUAUUAACAAAAAUUGGACAAGUACAAUUACUUAGAAGACAAAUUUCAAAUCAAUUAAAUUUCCAUUGUAAAAUAGAUAGUAAUAUGCUUUUCUGUGCAUUGGAUGUCAUGAACACAUCGUUGAUUAAUGAUAUUCAAGCACAUUUCCAAAGACCCGAUGUUGCACCAUACCCAGGCGAGGACAAUACUCUUUUGUUUGAUUUGGCUCAAUACUUGGAUACUGCUGGUAUCAAUGACCCAUACACCAAGAUCUAUAUCACUACUCUGCCACUGGAAGCAUUCCCAUGUCUAUUGUUCUUGUUUGUUUUGUCACAGGUCACUCAAUUCACCUACAACAGCAAGUUGUGUGUCAUGAUGGCCAAGAAACAAAAGAACAGCUACGAUUGGACACCAUUCAUCGUUGGUGUCAUCACCAUCCUCAAACAAUUCCACUCACUUCACACUCAAAAGUUUUUAUCGUUUGUCGGACAAUACAUCCGUUGCCAACUCAAUACCGCCCUCGCCAACCCCAAGGACGGCAAGGACGAAGACUACCCAGAAGAUGUCAUUGGUCUCCUUCGUUUCCUUGACGAUUUUUGCAAAUAUAGUAGUACUCCAAGAAAAAUAGUUGAAGGUUAUGUUCCUUCUUACAUUUUCGAUUAUUAUAACCAAUAA